AUGGGCCCGAGAUGGCGGUCGUCCUCAUUCGUCCUGUCCGCCGUAGUAGCUUUACUUAUCAUUCGGGUCUACGACGAGCUGGAGUUCGUCUUCGCCAUUCUCAAAAUCCUCCUCAUCACCGGGGUCGUCCUGACGGGCCUCGUCAUCAACCUCGGCGGCGUUCCGGGGUCGCUUCCUCGGCUUUGGGCCGUGCUCACAACACUCGUGUGCUGCUUCUCCGGCGUGGACAGUCUGACGAUGGCCGCAGCGGAGAUGCACAACCCACGACAGAAUAUCCCUCGUGCGUGCAAACGGGUCUUCGCGCGUGUGACCAUCUUCUACGUCGUGGCUGUCUUGAUCGUCGGGAUGAUUGUCCCGAGCAAUGAUCCCAGGUUAUCCGAUGAGUCCGGGACGGCCGCGCAGAGCCCCUUCGUGAUUGCGGCGGUCGAUGCAGGCAUCAAGGCCGUGCCUUCACGCAUCAACGCCAUCGUACUCACCUCGGCCUGGUCGGCUUCCAAUCAGAGUAUCCUCGCCGGAACGCGGACGCUGUACGGCCUAGCGCUGAAAGGCCACGCGCCUGCUGUGUUCCUGCGCACCACGCGCCAUGGGGUUCCGUACAUUUGUGCGGCGCUGCAGAUUGCGGUGUCCUCUCUGGCGUAUCUGAGCUGCUCGAAUGGGGCUCUGACCGUGUUCUACUGGCUGUUGGAUUUGACGUCGUCGGGGGUGUUGGUGUCGUGGGGGACGAUUGCGCUCAAUGAUAUCCGCUUGCUCAAGGCGUUCAAGGCGCAGCGGAUUUCCCUAGGGAGCUGCCGUGGCACAACUCAUGGUCGUGUGUGUUUUCCUCUGGCUGAACUGGAUAUUUGCCCAGUAUUGCAGCAGGGUGGAAUGACUGAUUUAUCGGUCGCAAUAGAUUACACCUCGUGGUUUGCGCUCAUCGCUUGCAUCGUCAUUCUGUUGACGGGGGGUUUUUGCAGUCUUCACUCGGGGUAA